CAAAGAAGGGGGUCGAGUGGUAAAUGGCAGAUAUGUGAGAGCAGAACUAAUAAACGGGCUCUGCCCGAUCACUAAAAUGGCCACCCCUGUCAGAACUACAGAUCACAAAAUGGCCGACCACCAAAACUACAAGUCCCAGAAGCAAGGGGAACCCUCAGAAGGUGGAGCCAACCCACAGAUAAAGGGUCAAGAAAAACCAGGAAGAGAAGAAGAGAGUGCUGGAAGGAUCUAUGAACAAUAGAGAAAGAGAAAAUAGAGAUGGAUUUACCGUGUAUGAGUUGGACUGUUUUGGACUUACCUGUUGGCGUUUGGACCUGGACCUACCGAGAACCCGAUUCGUGUACCGAACCCUGCUAUCCUUGACCUCGCCUACGGCCUGGGUGGACCAGGACGGAGAAACAAACACACAGAGACCGCAGUGAGGAUGAAGCCUUCAGGAGCCUAAUGAAGAUCCUGUCAAAGCUAUCAGAGGAGAUCCAGGCUGCAGGUGGAGAGGUUGAAGAGCUGAUCCUGCAGUUGACUGCAGCAUGCUUCAGAGCCCAGAGGAAUGGCUGUGUACAGUGUGCACGCAACCAGUCCCUAUUGAGGUCACUUGGUGCUAUUGACCUGUCAAUCAGAAUCCUAGACAUGCUUCAGAAACUGAAGUCUGAGAACACUGACUACGUCUUUGAAGCGCUUCGAUGUGGGGUACAGUUCAUUGGAAACCUUGCUGUUGAUAACCAGUUCUGCAAAGAUGACAUUUGGACGCUCAUCUUUCCAGAUCUUCUCUUGGCCCUGCUGUGUGUGGAUGAUGAAAGGGCAGUGGGCUACUCCUCCAUGGUGCUCCACACAUGUCUAGAUGAACACAAGGUGGAGCGACUGGCUCAUCCAGGGAACAUCCACCUAGCCCUGAAGGUCAUGGAGCUGUGUAGGACUCAGUCAGAACUGGACUGGACGGUUUUGAUUGCUACCCAGCACUUCCUCAAGUCCUCAGUGCUCGUUAAGAACAUGUAUGCAGGGAUGAGCCAUCAGGAGAGGGUGACGUUGCUGGAGCUGAUCUCUGCUCAGUUGGGAGAGGAGGACUCUGAGGAUUGUGGGAUCCCCCCCACCGUAGCUACCUUCCUGGCAUCCUGCUUCCAGGAGCGCUGUGGGGCCGUGCUCACACUCGCCUCCGAAUCAGACAAUGAGGAGGCCCUGACUGUGAUCAGCCUGUUAGAUGUUCUCUGUGAGAUGACCUCUGAUCACAAACAGUUCAUGUUCCUGCAGAACCAUCCUGACCUCCUCAAGUCUACCGUUGAUCUCCUGCAGCAGGUCCAUGCUCUGGGGAAGACCAGUAAGAAUGUAUUCACUGCAGCUCAGAACUUCUCCUUGGCUCAGGGAGGAGACUGCUCCUCCUCUCCCUCUGUCAGCUUCAAGGCACAUCUCAUCCGUCUCAUAGGAAACCUCUGUCACGGAAACACUGCCAACCAGAACAAGGUUCGGAAACUGGAUGGUCUUCCUCUCAUUAUGGACAACUGCAGUAUUGACAGCAACAAUCCCUUCAUCAGUCAAUGGGCCAUCUUUGCCACUCGGAAUAUUCUAGAACACAACCUGGAGAAUCAGGAGCUGGUGGCAGCUCUAGAACGUCGCGGGGUGGCCGAUGACUCCGCCUUGAGGGCCAUGGGCUUUAGAGUAGAGGAGAGAGAUGGUAACGUGCUGCUCAAACCUUGUUCAAAGGACCCUUAAAGGUGCCCUAAACUCUAAGGACUAUAUUGUGCUGCACCAUAUAGUGCUGCAUUACUUUUUAGUGCACUAUUGUUUUGCUCUGGUAGUGCACUACUUUUUAGCUCUAGCUCUUUUUUUUUUCUUUUUUUGGUUAAACUGUGGGAUGGCCUGGACCCAAUGUUCUGCUGAGAUUUGUUAUGGUACAGAAAACGCAUAGGAUGGGCGACCUUAUUUAAAAGUAGGUUUAAUUUGAGUGUAGAGUGGUGUUUUUUUAACACUUUUUGUGUUUCUUAAGUAAAGGGAAAUUAAAGGUUUCUAUGGGUCAAAUGAACUCCUGCUGGUAUCUGUGAUAUAGUGUUGGGGUUUAAUUAUCCAACAAAGGGCUACUCUGUUUCCUGCCCUUUCACCCCUCUGAGGGAGACUCUUAACAUCGGCAGGGGGUGGGCUCUAAAUCCCAAAACCAAUCAAUUUUGCGGAAAUCAACAAAAAGCGAGAGAAUGACCGAAACAUUAAGGAACUGGACUGGAAUGUCGAUCUGACUUCAAGCUAGCUUCUGGAAUUCUCACAUUUUAUGGAAACCUCAGGCAUUUUGACUGGAGAAUGUUUUUUCAAUUUCCACACAAAUGAUUUCAAACCAAUUUAAUGGUGCUAACCAAACCAUACAGGGUGCCCCCUCCAUUUCUAAGGAUGUUGCUCAUGGAAUGCAUUUUGAUUGUCUCGCUACAAGCGUUGCACUAUAUCUGCUUUUACCACCCUGUUUUGGCUUUUGGUGAGAAUAACAAUGACACGUAGGACCAUUCCUGUCCUUCAGGUACCGCAUGUUUCUUUACAACAACAAACCUUAGUUACAUUGUAGAUACAUAUUUGUUACAUGUUCCAACCAACAACACCAGUCAUCAACUUCCUUACACAUUUCAAUAACCUAAUCUAUGUUAUGUGGCAGCUUUGUUUACUGUGUGUGUGUACUUUGACUAGUGUGGAUGUUUAUCAGCCAGCUAGACAGAGGACAGACGGCCUGAGUUUGAUUGGAACAGUGUGUGGCUCCUGUGUGGCUCAGUCGGUAGAGCAUGGCGCUUGCAACGCCAAGCAUCGUGGGUUCGAUUCCCGCUGGGACCACCCAUAUGUAAAAGUAGUGGCCCCAGCCGACUUGUAAGUCGCUUUGGACAAAAGCGUCUGCUAAAUGGGAUAUAUUAUUAUUAUAUAUUAUAGACAGUGAGCCGUUGUGUAAGUGGUAGUAUAUGUGUUUGUAGACAGAGAACAGGUAGUGUGAGUGGCAGUGCGUGUGAAUCAGACCAGAAGUAUUGGCUUGCAGAACGACCCCCUCCCCCCACUGAAUAAGCUGACCGGUCCUGACACCUCAACAAUGCAUUGCUUUAGUCACCCGGCCCACUCGCCGCUCCGCCCUAUUUACUCGGUCUCUUAUAUUUUAAUGACAAAAUGUAUUGAAACAAUCGGGUUGACUUUUCCCAAUCCGCUGGGUAUAGUGAGGGGAGCUUAUGAGGUUCCGGUCCCCAGCAUUUCAGACGCCUAACAAAACACGGCCUUUACUUCUGCUCCAGCGGCUGCCUGCAAUGCUUUUCAAACACAGGAAAACACAGAGAGAGCGUCAGGCUGGCUGAAUGAGGUGGCAGUCACAGCCGUCUAUUCAACAACUUCUGGGUCAGGAGUAAACAGCUGUCCAACCGCAGUCAGGACUGAGCGGUGUCAUCAAGAUCAGCCGUUUCACAACUCAAACGUUAACUCUGUACUCCUGUGCCUUCUGUACUGGUAUUCUUCACAAAUUAUAUCCGUACUACUCAAGCUCUAUAUAAUGGAUGAUUGUAACUUUAACUGCUGAAUAAAACUUUUGUGUGACAAA